AUGACUCCAGCCGGUGUAAACUCGUCACAGGCAGCGAACACUGCAGCACCAAGCUCCAGCCGGCCUGCUGCCACCGAUGCCGAACCGCCAGAAACGCGCGGCCCCAGUGCUUCCAGUUCGGCCGCCUCGGGGUCUUCAAAACCCGUCGCCGCCUCGGCCGCUGCCAAGGCGUCCUCUGACGCUCCUUCGCGGCUCGGCUCCAACUUUUGGUCUUCUUGGAUCUCGCCCUCGUCCUCUUCCGCCGUUGCUGCCUCGUCGGCAAUGGAGAAGCGUUCCAAACCGCGCAGGCCUUCCUUCGAGGAGUUCCGUGCCGAGGAGCCGCCUCAGGCUCGACUCAUCCGUCUGCGCGGACUCUUCGACACCCUCUUGGACGAGGACGAUGAACAGGCUCUCGCAGGCGGUAGGGCUAGGGAAGAGUGGAUGAAGUCGGCCCGCCGUGCACGUUAUGGCGCCGGCGGAAGCCUCGCUCGUGGCAGUCUUGCGCCAUCCGACAUCCGCAACUCCACCGUCGGAUUUGAGGCUUGCACCAUGUCCGAACACGCGGAAGCCUCCUCCUCUUCUUCCUCACCUUCAGCUUCGACAUCUUCUACAUCGACACCGUCAGCCUCUGCCAAGUCUCCCACCGCAGAUUCCAAGCUCCCAUCGCCUCCGCCUCCGCCACGACAAUCCUACGCCAAGGAACUCCUCAAUCAGUGCCGCCAAUGUCGCGAGGACCUCGAGGCUCAGCGCGCACGCCUGGCCGAGGAACAAGCUAAGCGCGCAUCCGACCCGGGCUGGACCUCUUCCUGGGGCCUACCCACCUGGCUUGGAGGCACCGACCCGGCGAAUCAGGACGCCGAUGCAUCGCCGAAAGGAACCCUCGCCAAUGUCAAGGAUAAGAUCUUGUCAACAUCCGUCACCUCGACCACCCAGCAGGAUUCGUCUCAACGUCCGUCGUCAACAUCGAUCGCCACCUCGCUCGGCUCCUACUUGGGCUACGGCGGCGACAGCUGCUCCAAAGAUGCAAAGUCUGCCGAGUUCGGCCACAACCCACCAGACAUGGAGCAUGAAGCCGGCUGGACAGGUAGCGGUGUCUGGGGCCUCUCGGCGGUCGGACAUAAAAAGCGCGCCGCCGAUCGCGACCGCGACGAAAAAGUCCGUCGCGGCCAAAAGGUCGACGACGACGGCGGCGCUCGACAGCGCCAGAUUGAAUGGGAGGGCUUCCUCGCCUACGCCGAGAACAAGGAGCGCGAGCUCUACAAGCUCUUUGUCGAGAUGGACAAGAACUGCGACAUGAAGCUCGACGUCCAAGAGAUCCGCGGCGCACUGGACCGAGCCGGCAUCGACGUGCCGCAGAUCUCGCUCGACGACUUUAUCGCCUCGCUCACCAGCACGCGUCCAUCGGCCCACGCCAGCGGCGAGAAGACCUACGUCUCCUUCCCAGAGUUCCGCGACUACCUGCUGCUGCUCCCUCGCAAGCCCUCGGUUUCGGAGAUCUUCCGUUUCUAUCAGGUGCGCAAGGCCUUCGGCCUGUUUGGCAUGGGCGGCAUCUUUGCCGAACUCGCCGUGGGCUGGGGCAAGACCGAACGUGGCGCCGCCGUUGUCAACUUUGACGGAGACGUCAGUCUGGCUGGCGAGGAGAAGAAGCGCGAGUCGCCCGCCGUCAAGGAAGCCAAGAGGGCCGAAAAGAUCGGCAAGCGCCAAGAGGCUGCUGCGGCCGCGGCCAGCAAAGCUGUCGAAGCGUCUGCCGAGGACGGCACUACCGCGAGCCCGGCCACCUCGUCCAGCACUGCUGACGUCGAAGGCACCAAGGAGAAGGCGGCGCAAGAAGCGGCCGCCGCUGCAAAGGCAGCAUCCGAGGAGGAGUUGACCGAAGAGGAAGAGGAAGACGACAACGACAUGAUCCAAGGUGCGGUGGCGCUCAAGUUCCUGGUGGCCGGUGGAAUUGCCGGUGCCGUGUCACGCACAGCGACCGCUCCUUUCGACCGUCUCAAGAUCUACCUCAUCACCACCGCUCGCGCUCCGGACGUGGCUGAAGCUGCCAAGGCGGCUGCCUCGGGGCAGGCUGGCGCCAACGGUGCGGCCGCCAAGGCUGCUGGACAGGGUCUGGGCAUCCUCAGGGAGGCGCUUGGCAACCUGUAUCGCGACGGCGGUGGCCUGAGGGCGUUCUGGGUGGGCAACGGCCUGAACUGUCUCAAGAUCUUCCCGGAAAGUGCGAUCAAGUUCCUGUCGUACGAAACAGCCAAGCGCGCAUUUGCCAAGUAUGUCGACCAUGUGUCGGACUCUCGCGACAUUUCGGGGACGAGCCGAUUCCUGUCGGGAGGUAUCGGUGGUAUCACGUCGCAGCUGGCGAUUUAUCCGGUAGAGACACUCAAGACGCGACUCAUGUCGUCGCAGAACGCCAAGACGUCGCUGCAGGGCAAUGCUUUGUUGGUCAAGACGGCUCGGGAUAUGUGGCAGGCGGGAGGGAUGCGCACGUACUAUCGCGGACUUACGGCGGGAUUGAUUGGCGUCUUCCCGUACUCGGCGAUUGACAUGUCGACAUUCGAAGGCAUCAAGCUGUUCUACAUCAAGUAUACGGGCAAGGAGGAGCCGGGUGUGUUGGCGCUGCUUUCGUUCGGAUCCGUCUCGGGCUCGGUUGGUGCCACGACGGUGUAUCCGCUCAACCUGAUCAGGACGAGGCUGCAGGCAGCUGGAACGCCGGCUCAUCCGGCUACGUACGAUGGAUUCUGGGACGCUGCGAAAAAGACCUACGUCCGCGAAGGAUUCGUCGGCUUCUACCGUGGCUUGGUACCCACGCUGGCCAAGGUCGUCCCCGCCGUCAGCAUCAGCUACGUCGUGUACGAGCAGAGCAAGAAAAGGCUAGGUGUCCAGUAG